AUGUUAUGUUUUUCCUAAAUAUUCCAAAAGGUUUAUUUUAGUAAAGAAAGAUCUAUUUUUAACAAAAGAAGGUCUUUAAAAAAUUCAUUAAUUUUAAAAUUGUUUUAAUUUUUAUCAAAAUAAAAAUUAUAAACAACAUCAACUUCGAAAAAUUUUAAAUUCACAAAAGAUUUUUUCAAGCAUUUCAAAAAGUCACAAAAAAGCAAAUUAUGUUUAUUUUUUUAUAAAAAAACGUUCAUUUAUCCUUCUAAAUCAAUUCCUUUCAAAAUAGUUUACCUUCUUAUAUUUCUUAAAUAAUCCUUUAUAUUUUUAGAAGUACUUAAUGGCUUUUUUUCAGUAAUAAUUUAUUCAAAUUCUUCAAAAGAAAUUCCUCCGUUAUUAUCUUUAUCGAACAUUUCAAAACUUUCUUCGAUUUAAUCAUAUUUAUAAUUAAAUCCUAUGUCUUUUAUUAAUUAUUCGAAUUAUUAAAUGUUUAUUUAGUAUACUGAAUUACAAUAUUUAUAAAAAAAAUCUCUACUUCCUAAUUUAUUUUUUGUCAUAUGA